ACCAGCUAGUGAUUUUUGUGUCAGUGGGUGGUAACCUUGCGCGUCGGAACGCCUUUUGUGGGGGCUGUCGGCUGGUGGGCGGUGCAUCACGAUUUUUUACCUCGUUUCGUUUUAAACACAUUUAUGUUGAUAUUAAGUUGCACAGAAGGAACAGACAAGUCGAUUAUUUUGUUUUGAAAAACAUGGCGGGGUAUAAGAAACUAGUUCAUGACCAAGGAAAGCAAAAAGAGACUGCUAUUUAUGUGAAUAGCACGGUGCCGAAAAAUCGAUUGGAGGUGUUAAAAUGGAACGGCUGGGGCUACAAAGACUCCAAAUUUAUCUACGACGCGGAAAAGAAAGAAGUACGCUUUACCGGACGCAGAUACCCCAUAGGCGAGGUCCAGCUCCCGCUCCUCGUCGGCUGGGUGACAGAGAACUUCGACGCCGACUUCUCCGUCUCGAAGCCGUCCCAGCAAAUCCCUCCUGAAGACACAUUCCCUAAGCCCCGGAUAUCCGACGAGAACCUCACAAAAAUCGCAAAUCUGGGCAUUAGUUAUUCGACGAAGGGCGUCGAAAGGUUGGUGAGGGCACACGGCCAGACCCUCCACAGCAUUUACACCCUUAGGUACUCGUCGUUCGAACGCAUCCCCGACGUUGUUUUAUGGCCCACUUGCCACGAUGACGUCAUAAAGUUGGUUCGACUCGCCGACGACAACAACAUGGUUAUUAUACCGUUUGGCGGCGGCACAGCCGUGUCGUCGGCCGUCGACUGCCCCAUUAUGGAGCACCGAACGAUCAUUUCCCUGGAUACGUCCCAGAUGAACAGGAUUUUGUGGGUUGACAGGGAGAAUCUGGUGGCGUGUUGCGAGAGCGGGAUCAUCGGACAGGAUCUGGAACGGGAACUGAGAAAGCUGGGGUUCACGUCGGGUCACGAGCCCGACAGCUACGAGUUUUCGAGCUUGGGGGGCUGGGUGGCCACUAGAGCGUCAGGAAUGAAGAAAAACACCUACGGGAACAUCGAGGACCUCCUCGUUCACGUCAAAAUGGUAACCCCGAAGGGUGUUCUUGAAAAAAAUUGUCAAGUUCCGCGUCUCAGCUCCGGGCCGGAUUUCAACCACGUCGUUAUGGGCUCCGAGGGAUCCUUGGGCGUCAUCACCGAGGUCGUGAUCAAGAUCCGACCAUUGCCCGCGUGCCAAAAGUUCGGUUCUAUAGUUUUCCCUGAUUUCGAGUCGGGGUUGCGGUGUAUGAGGGAAGUGGCAAAGCAGAGGUGCCAACCUUCUUCGAUCCGCUUGAUGGACAACGGACAGUUUGCUCUGGGGAUGCUCCUCAAACCGGGUUCGAGUUACUUCGGGUUGAUUCUCGACGGAUUGAAAAAGUUCUACGUGACGAAGAUCAGAGGAUUCGAUGUGAAGAAGAUGUGCGUGAUGACGUUGUUGUUUGAAGGGGACGAGGCGGACAUUAAGGUCCAAGAAAAGAAGAUUUAUGCGAUCGGGGCCACGUUCGGGGGGAUGCCGGCCGGCCAGACCAACGGGGAAAGGGGGUACAUGUUGACCUUCGUCAUCGCGUAUAUUAGGGACCUCGCCCUGGAGUACGAAAUAGUGGCGGAGUCUUUCGAAACUUCGGUGCCUUGGGACCGCGCCCUCGUCCUUUGUAACAACGUGAAACAAUGCGUGGCUCACGAAUGCAAGUCCUUGGGAAUCGACUACUUCAUGAUCAAUUGUAGAGUGACGCAGACUUACGACGCCGGUUGCGUCAUAUAUUUCUACUUGGCUUUUAAUUACCGCGACGUGGAGGAUCCCGUCGAGGUUCACCACCUCAUCGAGUCCAAGGCCCGGGACGAGAUAGUAGCUUGCGGGGGCAGCAUUUCGCACCAUCACGGGGUGGGUAAAAUCCGGAAAAAGUGGUAUCCGGAUACGGUGUCGCGAGUGGGGGUUGAUCUUUUCCUAGCAACUAAGAAGGAGUUAGACCCGAACAAUGUGUUCGGGGUAGGUAAUUUAGUUCAAGCUAAGUUGUGAUCGUUUUGUUACCGUGUGUUGUAAACAUCACAGUUUUCUAAGCAGAAGCACCGUGCCAUCGCCCGUCAUUAGUUACCACAAGUACUUCUACUUAGACACUUACUCUGUGAUAGUGUGGCAUUAAUCUUAACCAAAAAUUUUUCAUUCUAAUAAAUGUCUGAAUUCGC